UCAGAGUUGGCUGAGUCGUUGGUGCAGUCGGCGUCGGUAUCUGCAGCGCAGCGCAACGUCAGUUGUCGAGCGGCGGUCGAACGGUGCGUAUACUUAACGCGGCAUUCUAUUCGACGACUACGGUGCGUAUGUGGAAUAUUUGACCCACAGAGCUCUGCGUGUUUCGUAUUUAAUUUCGAAAUCAAUUCGAUUCGAUUUGCUGACUUUCGGUGAUGCCAGAGAGCCGGAAUAAUAAUAAUAAAAUAAAAUAAAUAAAUAAAAAAAUUUGAAAUCACAGGAGGAGGAUAUAUUUUUGUUGCCGCGUUCUCUAGUCUUCCUCUUGUUUGUUGUGAGUCUUCUUCGCGCGAUUUGUUUGUUUGUUGUUUUUUUGUCAUCUUCCUCAUCGGUCUUGUCACAUUGUAUAUUUUUUUUUGCUGUUUGUUUUGGUUUUCUUGAAUUGUACGCCACCGAAAUAUAAAAAUAUUCCAAUCCAAAGAGAGUAAAAAAAUCAAGAAAUGAAAUCAACAAAUAUUCCCGGUGUCUGUGCUGUGAGUGUGCUGUCGGUUUUCGGUUACCAUUGAUGAAUGGCAAACAAAUUGUCUGGCACUACGAGCUCUCCAAACAAAAAUAAUAAAUAAAUACAUACAUACAUACAUAUAUAAGUAAAAACAAACCGCCUCUGGCCAAAAAAUAAAUAUAUAAAAUAGAACAAGAAGCCCUAACAAGCCAGUAUCCAUUACGAAAGCUCUCAUCAAAUUAAGUCCUUUAAAAAACGUUAAUUCGGUUAAGCACUUAAAGCGAGCUCCUGUUCCGCCCACCGAUCCGGUCCGGUGGCAUCCUGCCUUCCUGCCCCGUCCCCACCAUACAUGGACAUGAACCAGCUACACCAGCCACCCCGCCAACUGGAGGCGAUGCGUUGAACUCGUCGCAGGAUAAACUGCUCGGAAAACGGAAACCACUGCUCCACGGAAAGCCUCUUGAGCCGGACUCACCGGCCCGGCCCGGCCCCGGCAAUCAUGUCCAGCAGUCACUCCGGCACAAUUGGCCGUAAACGGGUCGGCAGCGGCAGCGGCAGUGCUGCCGGCAGCGAAUACUAUUAUGCCUCCGGCGGAAUUGGAGGCGGAUUGGGUGGCGGCAUCCCCGGUUCCGGCGGCGGGGAGCAGCUGCGGCGGCAAAGGUCGGCCGAGUGGCACAGCCACCGCCACGGCCACGGCAUGGGACACGGUCACGGGAUGGGACAUGGCCACGGAUACGGUAGCAGCAGCGAGGACGAGUACCAGAAUACCGGCCAGGCCACGGCCUUCGACACCCAGCUACUUGCCCAGCUGCUCCUCCAGAGUCAGCAACUAGCAAGCAUGGAACACUACAACUCAGACUGCGAACCGGACUAUUUGAGGCAACGCGAUCGCCGCUUGGACGAAUCCUCCAUGGACGAGACCACGCCCAGUCCAGCCCCCGGGCCUGGCCUUGGACCUGCCCCCGAAGUUACCUACGCCCAGCCGCACCAGCAGCGCACCUCGCUGGGCGGUUCGCCGCUCAAGGUGUCCACUGUAUCGGCCGGAAAGUACCAAUCGAAUGCCAACCUGGGCUUGUUCCCCAACAGCAGCAGCAGUGGCAGCAGCAUCCAGAACUCUGCCGGAAUGCCGGGAUCAGGGGGCGUGGCAGGAGGACUGGGUGGAGGAGGCGCCUCCACCGCCAAUACCCCACGCAGUACAAAUCCUUUCCUCAAUUCCGGCAAAUUUCCGGGCGACGACAGUGAUCCCGUCGUCCUGCCAGCCUCGGCCUCGUCCUCGACUGCCGCCUCCAAUUCCCACUCGAACCGCAGCCACCGGAACUCGGCAGCCGCCCGGAGCACCCUCAACCGGCUAAGUCAGAUGACCAGCUCUAGUAGCGAUUCCAUGCGGCAUCCCCAGCUGAAGCAGCUCCUCCACCCGGAGGAGAACGGCGUGGAUCCGGUACGCAGCAGUAGCCGGAGCAGCGGUACGGCGGAGUCGGAGGAACCGCCACCAGAACCGGCGCCUCCAGAGAUCCCGCCCCGCACCCAAUCCCUGCUGAUGUCCUUGCGGAAGCAUUCCGACUACAAGCUGAAGUACGAGGAGAAGGGCGACCAGAAGCACGAGGAGUUCAUCCCCACCAGCCAGCUGCAGAAGGAUUAUAUAAUCAGCGACAACCUCCGAUCGGAUCAGCAGCUAAAGCCUCUCUCUCCUGGCGAUUCUAAUGGGCUCGGCGGCCACCCCCAACAGAUGCCCCAAAGUAUGUCAACUGGCAGCAACACAAUCGGCCACGGCGGCAUCGAUCGCGGAGGCGUCGGCCUGCCCAUGGGCGCUGGCACAAUGCCGGGGGGCGUGGGCGGAGGACCGCCAGGGGGCGGCGUGGGACCGCAAGUAGGACCGCCGGGAGGCGGCAACGGUGGCAACUGCCAGAUAAGCGGCUCCCAGCCGCUGGUAAUGCCCGGAUUCCCGUUGCGUAAUUCGCACUCGGCCCACGCACCGCACUAUUCGCCAUAUUCGCCAUCCAGGUUUCACAUAGAUAAACGCUGUCAGCACCGAUGUUCCUGGAAAUGCUUGAGCAUCGCCUUAAUACUCGUAUCCGUCGUCCUAACCGCCAUGCUGGCAUACUUUGCAGCUGUCAGCUCUAUGAAGCCCAACAUGGACUCCACCAACUGCAUCCUAGUCCAGGACGUCAAGUCACAGCCCCACGACUUGCGCGGCGGCCUGGCGAAAGGCAACGAGAAGAACGGCGCGGCCACGGCCUACCCCACGGAGGAAUCGAUCCAGACCAGCACCUCGGACCACGGCCAGAACCACGGUGUCCACGGGCUGAUGAACCCGGCGGUGGUGGGCGGAGGCAAUGGACUGCCCGGCGGGAAUGCCGGCAUCCAGCAGCAGCUCCUGUUGCAGCAACAACAGCCGCACUCGAUCAACCAGCCGCUGACCCCGUUGGACGCCACCAACACCCAGUUGCAGGAUCACCACCAGCUGACCUAUGGCGGCAUGACCGGAAACGGGGGCAUCAACGGCAUGGGCAUGGGCAUGGGACCCGGGGGACAGAUGAUGCAGCAGAACCACCAGGCGCUGCAGCCCCAGCUGGGCGGAGUGGUGGAGCUGAAGGAGUUCAACGAGGCCUACCACGCCACCAUACCCGCCUACCAGUUCUGGACCCUCGAAUUCCGCAACAAGCAUCCGGCCUUCAUUCGCUUCAACUUCACGCUGCCGUGGGGCGCCCACUUUGCGGUCUACUCGCGUCGCAACGUGGCUCCCUCGGUGACCCAGCACGACUUUGUCGAGUUCAUCAAGGGCGGCCGCCUGGACAGCCACCUUCGCCACCGUCGCAGCACCGCCAACGCCACCACCCACGACCUGGAGCUCUACCAGCAUCUGCGCGAGGAGGAGAUGCGUUAUCGCACCGUUGAAGACCAGGACCAGGACCAGGACGAUGAUCAGGACUCGGACGAGAGUCGGAGCUUUGAGUCGCGGGAGGACGACGUGGAGAUUCCGCUGAACCUUGCCAAGCAGCACGUCCAGAGAUUCGGAAAAGCACAGCCGCCGCAGGAGCACUGGGUGAACAAGCGGUCCGCCGGAGACGGCCUGCCCGCCCUCGACGUGGACGCGAUGACCGUGAAUGUGUCCCUGCUGCAGUACCUGGACACUGGCCUCUGGUUCAUCUCCGUCUACAACGACGAGCUGGUGGCCCACUCCGUCUCCCUCCUGGCCGAGGAGGCCGAGGGCGUGAGCACCACCUGUCCCAAUGACUGCUCCGGCCGUGGUAGCUGCUACCUCGGAAAGUGCGACUGCAUCGAUGGCUACCAGGGCGUCGAUUGCUCCAAGAGUGUUUGUCCUGUUCUGUGCUCCGCCCAUGGCCACUACGGGGGCGGCGUGUGCCACUGCGAGGAGGGCUGGAAGGGGGCGGAGUGCGACAUUCCGGUGGGCGAGUGCGAGGUGCCCAACUGCUCGGCCCACGGGCGGUGCAUCGAGGGCGAGUGCCACUGUGAGCGGGGCUGGAAAGGACCCUACUGCGAUCAGCAUGACUGCCUGGAUCCACUCUGUUCAGGACAUGGAACCUGUGUCUCAGGACAAUGCUACUGCAAGGCUGGGUGGCAGGGCGAGGACUGCGGCACGAUCGACCAGCAGGUGUACCAGUGCCUGCCCGGCUGCUCCGAGCACGGAACCUACGACCUGGAGACCGGCCAGUGUGUCUGCGAGCGCCACUGGACGGGUCCCGACUGCUCCCAAGCCGUUUGCAGUCUGGACUGUGGACGCAAUGGGGUUUGCGAGUCCGGCAAGUGCCGCUGCAACUCCGGAUGGACUGGAAACCUCUGCGACCAGCUGCCCUGCGAUGCCCGCUGCUCGGAACAUGGCCAGUGCAAGAAUGGAACCUGUGUCUGCUCUCAAGGAUGGAAUGGACGUCACUGCACUCUACCUGGCUGCGAAAAUGGCUGCUCUCGCCACGGACAGUGUACCCUGGAGAAUGGCGAGUACCGCUGCGAUUGCAUUGAAGGAUGGGCCGGAAGCGACUGUUCGAUAGCACUGGAACUAAACUGCAAGGAUAAUAUCGAUAAUGAUGGAGAUGGCAUGACCGACUGUUCGGAUAGCGAGUGCUGCUCGCAUCCCGCCUGUUCGGAGCACAUAAUGUGCCUGUCCUCGAACGAUCCUGUGGAGGUGCUGCUCCGGAAGCAGCCCCCCUCGGUCACCGCCUCCUUCUACCAAAGGGUCAAGUUCCUCAUCGAAGAGAACUCGGUGCAGUCGUACGCCCACAUGGACGAGUACAGCGAAAAUCUCUUCUGGAGCUCAUUCACACCUUGUCGCGUAUCCGUGAUGAGGGGCCAGGUGAUCACUCCCCAGGGCCUGGGCAUCGUUGGAAUUCGAGUCUCCGUGGACCGUGAUUCGCGAUUUGGAUUUACGCUGACCCGUCAAGGAGGAUGGUUCGAUGUCCUGGUAAACGGUGGCGGAGCGGUGACCUUGCAGUUCCAGCGCUCGCCCUUCCGACCCCUCACCCGCACCGUCUUCGUGCCCUGGAACAGGAUCGUGGUCCUGCCGCCAGUUCAGAUGCAGCUCAGCGACGACGAUGAGACCACCAGCAGGAACAUCAAGGUGGCACCUUUGAACCCCGCUCUGACGUUCCUCAACUCGAUCCACUACCACACCGCCGACGAGGCCAACGACGCCAGCAAGGUCUGCAUGGAUCACGACCACGAGAAGCUCCGGCCCCAGCUGAUCAGCACCUGGAUGCCCAACGGCGUGGGCGCCAUGCCCGGCAAGCGGGUCAUCUUUGCGGAGACCCAGAUUGUCCAGGAAUCCAUCCAGAUCCCCGGCUCGGACCUCCACCUCACCUACCAGUCGUCGCAGGCCAGCGGCUACCUGAGCAUCGUGAGGAUGCGUCUGACGGCGGACACCAUUCCGGCCACCCUCACCCACGUCCACGUGGGCGUCGAGAUCGAGGGGGCGCUGCACGUGAAGACGUACGAGGCGGACCCCAGUCUGGUGCACACGUUCGCGUGGAACAAGCGGAACGUCUACCGGCAGAAGGUGUACGGCGUGACGGUGGCCAGGAUCUCGGUGGGCUACCAGCACAGCACCUGCCAGUCGCCGGUGUGGAUCGCCCAGACCGCCAAGCUGCAGGGCUACGACGUGGACAUAUCGGACAUCGGGGGCUGGGGACUGGACAUCCACCACCACUACAACUUCCACGAGGGCAUCCUGCAGAAGGGCGACGGCAGCACGCUCCACAUGAAGGAGUAUCCGCGCACCGUCAAGGUGGUGAUGGGCACUGGCCUGCAGCGCCCGCUCACCUGUCCGGACUACUGCAACGGCGUGGCCAAGGACGCCAAGCUGCUAACCCCCAUCGCCCUGGCCACCGGCCCCGACGGCAGCCUCUACGUGGGCGACUUCAACCUGGUGCGCCGCAUCACACCCGACGGCAAGGUCUUCACCAUCCUCCAGCUGAGCGCCACCCAGGUGUCCUACCAGUACUACCUGGCAGUCUCGCCCGCCGACGGCCAUCUCUACAUCUCCGACCCGGAGCGCCACCAGAUCCUGCGACUGCUGCGCCUCGAGAAGGUCAAGGAUCCGAGCAUCAACAGUGACCCAGUGGUGGGCAGUGGCCAGCGUUGCAUUCCCGGGGAUGAGGGCAACUGCGGAGACGGCGGCCCGGCACUCCUCGCCCGCCUGUCCCACCCCAAGGGCCUGGCCAUCGCCGCCGACCGGACCAUGUACAUCGCCGACGGCACCAACAUCCGGGCAGUGGACCCGAAGGGAGUGAUCCACACGCUGAUCGGCCACCAUGGCCACCACAACCACUGGAGCCCGGCGCCCUGCAGCGGCACUCUGAUGGCCAACCAGGCCCAGCUGCAGUGGCCCACCGGCCUGGCGCUGAGUCCCCUGGACGGCUCCCUGCACUUCAUCGACGACCGGCUGGUGCUGCGACUCACCUCGGACAUGAAGAUCCGGGUGGUGGCCGGCACACCGCUGCACUGCAGCAAUGGAGGACAGGACGGCCGGGUGAACAAGACCGGAACGGACAACGUCCUGGGCACUGUCCUGGCGAUGGCCUUCUCGCCGUUCGGUGACCUCUACAUCGCGGACAGCGACUCGCGGCGAAUCAAUUCGAUUCGUGUGGUGGACACGGCCGGAAAUAUGCGUUACUUUGCCGGAAAGCAGGAGGGCACAGGAUCCCAGACGUGCGAAUGUGCCAUCGGCGGUGGCAGCAACGGCAGCUCCGCCAGUGUCGGCCAUGUCGCCGGUGGCGCCUACUCCACCACCGUGAAUCCGACGCGAAAUAAUGGCGGCACCACGCCCACCACCCCCUCGGGCGGAAACGGAAGCGGAAACGGAAAUGGCAGCGGUUCGUCGGCAACUUCGGGCGCCUCCGCUAGCAACAGCAACGGCAACGGCGGGGGUGCCUCUGGCGGCAGUGGUGCGUGCAUCUGUGCCGGCGGCAUUGGCGUCUCGACCGGAUCCGGUUCGAUCUCCGGCAAUGGAGCGGGCGGCACCCUGGCCAGCAUCGUCGGCGGCGGCGGUCUGAUGUCCACCGGACCCACCACCACCACCACUGUGCUGUUGGGCGCCAAGACGACGGCGUCGGGCAUCGGUGGGGGCGGCGGCGGUGCAGCGACCUUGAACGAUGACGGUACUCUGAGUAAUGCGGAGACCCUGCUCUCCUCGAAUGCCCGAUUCCAGGCUAUAUCGGCCAUAGCAGUGGCCCAGGAUGGUGUCAUCAAUGUGGCAGAUCAGGGAUCCCUGCAUGUCCUGGCAUUGGAACACUACCUGCCGUCGCACGACGAGAACGGCGAGUUCCACAUUCCGUUCCCGCCGUCCAGCGAGAUCUACGUCUUCAACCGAUACGGCCAGCAUGUGGCCACCAAGGACCUGACCUCCGGCAAGACCCGCUACUCCUUCCUCUACUCGAAGAACACCAGCUUCGGACGACUGUCGACGGUGACGGACGCCUCCGGCAACAAGAUCCAGUUCCUGCGCGACUACAGCAACGUGGUCAGCUCCAUCGAGAACACGCAGGACCACAAGUCCGAGAUCCAGAUCAACGGCAUCGGCAUCAUGACCAAGCUGAGCGAGAAGGGUCGCCAGGAGAUCGAGCUGGACUACGACAGCAACACCGGGCUGCUCAACUCCCGGUCCUCCGGCGGCGAGACGUACAUCUACCAGUACGACGAGUUCGGACGGGUGACCGGCAUGAUUCUGCCGAGCGGCGAGAUCGUAAGGAUCACCUCACAGCUGGCGGACAGUCAGGGCCUGACCGUCUACGUCCACGCCUCCGUGGAGUCCUUGUUCUCGCGGGAGCGCAUCUCCGGCGAGGCCAACGAGCUGCUCGUCCUGGGCGGCGUCCGUUCCACCUUCCUGAAGCGUGGCCAGGCCCAUGCCGACGCCGAGCUGAAGGCCAACAACACCCUAGUGAUCCACGGCGACAACGGCGUGGUGGUGGAAUCAUCCGCAGUUGCCCGCCACCCCCUGCUGGAGGCCGCUCUGCCCGUCGAGGCCGAGAUGCUGGCCAUGUGGUCGCACCAGAGCGUCACCAUGGGCGAGGGCCUGACCAACUCCAUGUACUCCGUCUACAGUCUGGUGGGCGAUGUGAGGAACCCGCAGCAGACCCUCAACCGGGAGAUCUGGGUGAACCAGUCGCGGGUGAUCGGCGUGGAGUUCGACCAGUUCACCAACCGGGAGACCUUCUAUGACGCCCGCCGCACCCCCAUCCUUAUCGUGGCCUACGACCAGUCCGGCCUGCCCAAGAGCUACUACCCCACCAACGGCUAUCCGGUCAACAUCACCUACGACCGCUUCAACCGGGUCGAGGGCUGGGCCUGGGGCCCCGCCGAGCUCAAGUACAGCUACGACCGGCACGGCCUCCUCUCGGAGAUCACCUCGCAGCAGGACGGCAUCGUCUCCUUCGUCUACAACGACUGGAACCUGGUCUCCGAAAUCGGGCUGGCCAGCCAGCGGAAGUUCGUCCUGCAGUACGACGACGCCGGCGGUCUGAGGCACGUGGUCCUGCCCUCGGGCACGCGGCACAGCUUCAGCAUGCAGACCUCCAUCGGGUUCAUCCGGUGCACCUACACCCCGCCGGGCAGCACCCGGGCCUACCUGCAGCACUACAGCCAUGCCGGAGCCCUGCUCCAGACCAUCUUGCCCGGAGACGGAGCCCGGAUCGUGUAUCGUUAUAAUGCCGCCGGCCAGCUGACAGAGGUGGUCCACGGGGACGGACGCAGCGAGUUCCAGUACAACGAGGCCACCGGAAUGCCGAGCACCGUGUCGCACACGGAGCGGGAGCUGGAGUACCGCUGGGACUUCGAGUACUCCGCCGGACUGCUGUCCGAGGAGCGGAUCGACUACGUGGCCAAGACGGGCCUGAGCAACGCCAAGUUCAGCUACGAGUACGACUCCCAGCUGCGGGUGGUGGCCCUGCAGGGCAGGAUCGGCGGUCAGAGCCUGCCGUCGCAGGCCUUCGCCUACGAUCCGCGGACCGGACGGCCCAGCCUGAUCGGCCAGUUCCGGUUCUCGCAGCCGGCCCAGAACCAGACGCAGCUGCACGACGGCACCGCCAGCUUCACCCGGACCGUGGACGGUCGCUUCCAGACACAGCGCAUGGCGCUGGCCAUCCACCGGCUGGAGGUGUUCCGCAUGGAGUUCUCCUACGGCGUGCACGGCCGGAUAUCGCAGACGAGGACCUACACGAGGAACAUGGCGGUGAACAGCUACACGAACGUGAAGAACUACACCUGGGACUGUGACGGGCAGCUGGUGGGCGUGGAGGCCCAGGAGCCGUGGGGCUUCCGGUACGACGACAACGGCAACCUGCUCUCCCUCACCUACCGCGGCAACACCAUCCCCAUGGAGUACAACGCCCAGGACCGGAUCGUGAAGUUCGGCGAGGGGCAGUACAAGUACGAUGCCCGCGGCCUGGUGGCCCAGAACGCCCGGGAGGAGCGCUUCCACUACAACACCCAGGGUCUGCUGGUGAGGGCCUCCAAGCGGGGUCGCUUCGACGUGAGGUACUACUACGACCAUCUGAAGCGCCUGACCACCCGGAAGGACAACUUCGGCAACGUGACCCAGUUCUUCUACACCAACCAGCAGCGCCCCUACGAGGUCAGCCAGAUCUACUCGCCGCGGGACGGGAAGCUGAUGUCCCUGACCUACGACGACGUGGGUCAUCUCAUCUACGCGCAGGUGUACCGGCACAAGUACUACGUGGCCACCGACCAGAGCGGCACGCCCCUGAUGCUCUUCAACCAGUACGGCGAGGGCAUCCGCGAGAUCAUGCGCUCGCCCUUCGGCCACAUCGUCUACGACUCCAACCCGUACCUGUAUCUGCCCAUCGACUUCUGCGGCGGCAUCCUCGACCAGGUGACCACCCUGGUGCACAUGGGCGAUGGUCGGGUCUACGACCCGCUGAUCGGCCAGUGGAUGUCGCCCGACUGGCAGCGCGUGGCGGAGCGGAUCAUCACCCCGACGCGCCUCCAUCUCUACCGGUUCAACGGCAACGAUCCCAUCAACGUGGGCCACGAGCGGCACUACCCGGAGGACUUUGCCGCCUGGAUGAAGACGCUGGGCUACAACGUGGGCAACCUGGUGCCCCAGCUGGCCAGGAAUCUGUGGCAGCCGCCGGCUCUGUGGGGCCGUCCACCCUCCAACCCCGUGGCUCUGAACCUGCGACGUCCCUUCGACAACAUACCCACCAUGGCGGUGGAGAGCGGCUUCCUGGCACACCUCAACAUCCGCCGGAUGUCCGACUUCGAGCAGCUGUCGGCGCCACCCAGGUCGGCGCUCAAGUGCGACGUAAUGGACCCAUCGCCGCGAUCUAUUGGCUCGGACACGGAACCGCCGUUCGGCAAGGGCAUUGUGGUGUCCCGCACCGCCGACGGCCAGGCGAUCGUGUCCAGUGUGCCAGCGGCCAAUGCCAUCUACCGGGACGUCUACACGAGUGUCUUCAAUCGGUCCAAGCUGCUGCCCUUCACGUUCGUGGUGCACAACGCCCAGCAGGACUCGUUCUUCUUCGUGAAGGAGGACGCCUGGCGCGCCACCGAGGACCGGCAGCAGCUGAAGCGGCUCCAGGGCCAGGUGAACACCACCUUCCACGAGAUCACCCGCGAGAGUCCGGUGAGCGGCUCGGGCAGUCAGUCUGGUUCCAGUGGCUCGUCCUCCUCCUCCUCGUCCUCGGGCGGCGCCUCGUCGGGCGGCAACUACCUGGACGUAAAGAUCCAUGGGGCGCACGCGAUCAUCAACCUGCGGUACGGCACCACCGUGGCCAAGGAGCAGCAGCGCCUGAUGCACCACGCCAAGCUGACGGCUGUGCGGAAGGCGUGGCACCGCGAGAAGGAGGCGCUGCGCAGCGGCCUCACCACCGCCCUGGAGUGGAGCCAGCAGGAGAGCGACGAGAUCCUGAAGCAGAGCUACGCCAACAACUACGAGGGUGAGUACAUCCACGACGUGGCCCUGUAUCCGGAGCUGGCGGAGGAUCCCUACAACAUCAAGUUCGUGAAGAAGAAGGGCGCCACCGGCGGUGCGGCGGGAGUGCCCAAUUCUCGCCGACGGCGAAGAUCCGCCGACUCGUCCGACUCCUCCGACUGUUAGCUCGCUCGGAAGAAGGAGCCUGCGAGGCGAGAGCCCCCAACUAUAAAUGUCAUGUGAGGAAGUGAAAAGUGAAACCGAAGAACCGGAGACAUAAUUAUUUAUAUUUAUACAUACAUAUAGGUAUAUAUAUAUACUCGUAUAUAUAUAUAUAUAUAGUGCAUAAAUCUAUGUUAUCGAACCAGUUUUUUGAUGUCAAGGAACAUUAUAUAUAUACACGUAUACAUAAUAUUUUUUUUUUAUUGUUAGCUACUAGAGAAUAUAGAAGGAUAGUGAAGAAAGGACGAAGGAGGAUGGUGGAAGGAGGAAGUGACAUGCCAACAUAAUCCCAUGUAGCUGCAUGUACGUGUAUAUGUGUGUGUGUGUGUGUCGUCGGCUAAGGAUACAGAUACAGAUACAGAUACAACCGCACGGAUACAACAGUUAUAGAUAUACAGAAUAUAAUGGAUAGCAUAGUGUAGUAGUCAUAUGGAGCAUAAUACCAUACUUACCGACAUAUGUACAUGCAUACUCACCACAAUAAGGGGGGGGGCAGGGGCUACCUAGGGGGGAGGGGGAGACCAUUAGGCAAAGGGGGGACGAUCUGAGGGAUGUAUCUUUUUUUCGUGGUACUCGAGCUUUUUGAGACUGGCAUAGUUUUAAACAAAAAAACACAAACAACUGGCGACUGGCGACUGGCGACUGGCGACUGGCGACUGACGAACUGACGAACUGACCCUCUUGAGGAGCCGAUCCUGAAGGAUCCACCGAUGAGUGUACAUAUACGAGGCAGAGGCAGAGGCAGAGGCGGGGGAGGGACGGCUCCGAGACCAAAACACACACAUACAAGUUACACUAAACAACCAGUUCUGGGGUUGUGGGAGAUUUUUGCUUAGCGAAAGCUUUCUCUCAUUUGCUUUGCACAGUGUCAGCUUCGAAAAAAUUCAUUCUGCAAAAAAAAAAUAAAGAAAAUUAAGGAAAACAAUUAACAGAAUUAAGAAGAGAAGGAUUAACCUAAUUAUUAAAUUAAAAACGGAACAAAAAUCUAGCUGCUAGGCAAAAAGUGUUUUUUUUUUAUUACAUUAUAUAAAUGGAUAUAAAUAAAUAUAUAUAUAUACAUAUAUACAAGAAACAUUAAUUGACAAAACACACACACAUAUUUAUAGAGAGAAACCUAUAGCUGUAAUGUCCUGAUAGAUAAGUUUAAGUUUUUUGUCCUACUUAAUUAAUUAAUUUAUUCAUAACUAUUGUUCGUGGCCGAGGCAAGGGUAACCAGUAACCAGUAACCAGACGAUAAAAAAAAAAAAAAACGAUAUAUAUCGAAGAGUCGUAUUAAAUCGAAUUAAUUUUAAUGAUACGUAUUAAUGCUAUUAUUGUAUUGUGAAGAAUUGUGAAAUGUUUUGUUAUUAUUUGUAUGUCUGCUUUUUCGACACAACCCCCAAGCUCAAUGCGGCCCCCAAAACUCACUCUCAAAUAAAGCUUAACUGAAAAAAAAUACACAAUAAAAAAACCAGUAUUAAAAACCGAAAAAAAAACACAAACAAUCGGAAAACGAAACAGAAAUUGUGGAAAAAAUGGAGCGGAAACCGAAUAGAUGAUAUGAUUUCAGCUGGGAAACCUUGAAACUCGAAUUAACAAAAUUGUUUCCGUCCAAUUGAAAUCGCCAUUGCCAGCAAACUAGAUUGAGAUUGGGAUAUAUCGAUUGACAUAUCGAUAUCGAGGGGUUCUAUCGAGAAAAUCGUUUCCAGACUAAUUAGAGAUGCCAAUUUAAGUCGAAUUAUUUGAGAAAAAUUAUCAAUUCGCUUCGCUUGUCGCACAACAAAAUCCUAAAUGACAAAAUACAUUUUUGCUACAGCUCUCGAAUUUCAAUUGUUUUCCAUGAAUUGGUGCUUAUCGAAUUUAUUGCCACAACUAUAAUUGUAGGUCCUAUAGUUGGGAAGAAGUGUAAGUGGGUGUAUCCUUGUGUUUCCUUGCCUCCUAGAAGUUAAGCCAACAAAUGCUAAAAACAAACAAAAAACGUAGUGAAAAGGAAAACAAAAAGAUUGCUGAAUUAGUUGCGAACAAAAAGCAAGAAAACGAAAUUUUAUAAAAAUUACCAACCCAAGACCAGACCACAAGAAAAACGAGGCCAAAAAAAAAGCGAUCGAUCGGGCUAUAAAAUGGAGGAGCAAGUUAAUACUGAACUCAAUGAAAAAUACUGAAAAUAAGAAAAUACUAAACAAAAAAUACGAGCCAGCCAGCCAGCCAAGUAGAACGCAGCUUAGAGCAAGCGAGUGUCCGUAUGAGUGUCCGCUUACGAGAGGGUGUCCGUGUGAGAUGAAGCGUUAUAUCAAAAUAUGAGAGGCGAGUGCGGAAUAUCUGUGUAUAUACUAAGGCUAAUCAAGGUAAACUAGUGUUAUAUCGUAUAUAGCACCAUGCAUCGUAAUCUACAUAGAUAUUAUAUAUGAUACGGACAAAAAAAAAAAACCUAAAAACUAAAAUUAAAAUUAAACAAUUUAAUAAUAAUAAUACAGACAUUUUUUUGUGCUUUUUUUUCUUCAUCGUUGUCGCGCCUAACUAGAUGUAAAAUAAACGAGACAAACUAUUGGAUAAUAUGCAUAAAUAUAUAUGGAUAUAUGAGUGUAUAUGUGUACGAUUAGUGCUAUGUAGAUGUACGAUGUACGAUGUGUGCGGGGUACCACUGUACUUUCCGCUCGAAUUUCUCCCAUCUGGUUUUUGAUUCGUUUCCGUUUCCGUUUCGUUGAUUGGCAAACCAAAACAAUUCGAAAAAGAGCAGGAGUCAGUUACCUAUUAGAUUUGGCAAAAAUGAAUACAAAAAUAAAAAAAAAAACAAAAUGAAACUGCUUCAAAAGCAAAAAAAAAAAAAUAAAAUAAAAUAAAAAUAAAAUAAAUAAAUGGCACACUAAAAAUUAAUAUUAUAAACUAGAGCAUACUAUGAAAAUGGCUUGAAAUGGAUUAAAAACCUAAAGAAACCAAAUGAAAUUAAGAAGAGCAAGCAGCAAGAAAUAUUUAUAUGUACAUAACUGGAUGAAAGCUAGUAUUUUAGUGUAUUUAUGUUAGAGCUACACCAACUUCAUCUUCGAAAACGUCUAAACAGCUAAUGGUAUAGUCGAUAAAGGAGGAGCAUCGUGUUGGGAAAGGAUGAUGGAAUAUUUAGCAAAUAAAGAAACAGGGAAACAAUUGAGAUAAAUUAACAUUUAAACGUUUUGCACACCACAGACAGAAUAAAUACCACAAGCUAAGCCACUGGAACAGAACCACACUCGAACACACAAACAGAAACAGACAUUAAACACUUACAGAUACAAUAUACAAGAUACAAGAUACAAAAUACUAAAUACUAGAAAUACAAAAAUACAGAAAAGCACUCGAACAGCAAAGCAAACAACAAAAUUUAGCAACAACAAGAAUUUAUGAGAUAUAAUAAACAACUAAACAAAAACACAAGGUAAAUGGUAAAUGGUAAAUGGUAAAUGGAAAAUAAACCAACCAAGAGGCAGCAAGAGUUGAAAUACUUAAAAUAUAAAAAAAAAUAAUGAACAAAAAUUAUAUUUAUUAGACAAAAUAGCAGUGGGCCGCCUCGCCCCCAAGAAUCUGUAGUAUAUCGAACUAUGUAAUUCACAAAAUAGUAAAUAAACCGAGGCAAAAUAUUGUAGGGAAAAUUCAAACUAAAACCUAAACAAAAAAAAACCAAAAUCGAUAACGAUAACGAGAAAUCGAAAGCGAGAAGCCUAACAUUUUUUUUUUGUCUGUGUAAGCUUAGUGGAGGACGAAGGACAGUCGGGGGUGGAGCGUUGUGGGGUGUAAAAGGGUUGAGGGGUGGGUGGCAGUUGGUAAGUGGGCGUGUCUGCUCCGAUAACACCUACUGUCCUGCCCUGCCCCGCCACUCCACGCCACGCCACGCCCAUCCAUAAUGGCUGAAGCAAAACGAUAACCGAUAACCCAAAAUCCCAUUCAUCACCUAGAUCCCCUAGGCAUAUGCAUAUAUAUAUAUAAAUAUAUAUCUAACGGUAAAUGAACAAUUAUAUAUGGCAUUAUAUUACCAACAGCAAGAAAAACAAAAUAAAAUGAAAAAAACAGUAAAAAAA